AAAGGAAAAGGAAGAAAAUAGUGUGUACAGGAGCAGGAGAAAAAAAAAAAAAUGGGUGGCAAGAGAAAAUUGUGGUUGUCGUUGUUAUGCCUGUUGGCGGCGGCAGUGCAAGGUGAAGACCCGUACUUGUAUUACACAUGGAACGUGACCUACGGGACGAUAUCUCCUCUUGGAGUGCCCCAGCAGGGUAUUCUCAUCAACGGCCAAUUCCCAGGACCCGAAAUCAACAGCACAAGCAACAACAACAUUGUGGUAAAUGUUUUUAACAACCUUGACGAGCCAUUCCUCUUCACCUGGCAUGGUAUUCAACACAGGAAGAACUCAUGGCAAGACGGUACACCAGGAACCUCAUGCCCCAUCGCUCCAGGGACAAACUACACCUACCACUUCCAAGUGAAGGAUCAAAUUGGAACUUUCUUCUACUAUCCUUCUUUAGGAUUGCACAGGGCAGCCGGUGGUUUCGGUGGCCUUCGAGUCUUCAGUCGUCUUUUGAUUCCCGUUCCAUAUGCUGAUCCAGAGGAUGAGUAUUGGGUUCUCAUGGGUGACUGGUACACAAAGAGCCACACCAUCCUCAGGAAAUUCUUGGACACCGGUCGCUCUCUUGGUAGCCCACAGGGUGUCCUCAUCAAUGGCAAAACAGCCAAGGGUGAUGGCAGUGAUGAACCCCUUUACACCAUGAUUCCUGGCAAGACCUACAAGUACAGAAUAUGCAACGUUGGUCUCAAGGACGCCCUUAAUUUCAGGAUCCAAGGCCAUUCCAUCAAGCUUGUCGAGACCGAAGGCUCCCACGUUGUCCAAAACGUCUAUGACUCUCUUGACGUUCAUGUUGGUCAAUGCUUUACUGUCCUUGUCACCGCCGACAAAGACCCUAAGGACUAUUACAUGGUCGCCUCCACUCGCUUCACCAAAUACGAUCUCACUGCCAAGGCCCUCAUCCGCUACACCAAUAGUGCUGGCCCUGCCUCGCCGGAGCUCCCUCCAUCGCCAGUUGGUUGGGCCUGGUCUCUUAACCAGUUCCGCUCCUUCCGUUGGAACCUCACCGCCAGUGCUGCAAGGCCCAAUCCCCAGGGUUCUUACCAUUAUGGUCAGAUCAACAUCACUCGCACCAUCAAGCUCGCCAACUCCGUAAGCAGAGUCCAAGGUCUUCGUUAUGCCAUCAAUGCCGUCUCACAUGUAGAUCCUGAAACUCCUCUAAAGCUCGCUGAGUACUACGGAGUUGCUGACAAGGUUUUCAACUACAACACCAUAUCCGACGAGCCCCCAUUUGAUCUGAACUCAAUCACCAAGGUGCCUAAUGUCAUCAAUGCCACAUUCCGCGACUUCAUCGAGAUCAUCUUUGAGAACCAUGGAAAAACCGUCCAAUCAUACAAUUUGGAUGGUUACUCGUUCUUUGCAGUCGCCAUUGAGCCAGGCAGAUGGAGCCCUGAGAAAAGGAAGAACUAUAACCUUCUGGACGCCGUGAGCAGACACACCAUUCAAGUCUUCCCCAAAUCUUGGGCCGCCAUCAUGUUGACUUUCGACAAUGCUGGAAUGUGGAACCUGAGAUCGGAGCAUGCUGAGAAUCGUUACCUGGGGCAACAACUCUACGUGAGCGUUUUGUCUCCUGGACGUUCCCUCAGGGACGAGUACAACCUCCCAGAUACCCAGCUUCUUUGCGGCAUCGUCAAGGAUAUGCCCAAGCCACCACCAUACUCUUCUUAGAGUUUUUCCCUUUUGUGCCAUUCCUAUUUCAUCCAAACACCAAA